AUGACAGGAUCUCAGUCUGACACGCAGUCGGAUGCAAAUCAAGGUUUCAGCGCAGUGGCAUGGCCUGGGGAGAUCAGCAGCGCCCGGCAUGGCACGUCGUUCCUUUUUGACAAGGAGACGAUGUCCAAUGUGAUAGGUGCCAUGAAGUCAACGCCACCUGUCGCGCUAAUACCCUUGCAUGCCACUUCCAUUGUCUUCUCGUUGCCCGGGCACAUUGCCUUCGAGCUAGGUGAAGGUUACCUCUUUGGCUUCCAGAAGGGCCUCGAGCUGGCCUUCGUUGGGAAAGCCGUGGGAGCACUGGCAGCCUUUGGUGUUGGUCGGUCAGUGGGCUGCUGUCAAGAGGUGCGCGAGUCACUCAGACAGCGAAUGGAGUCUUGGCCCGUGGCGACGAAGGCAGCCAAGAGUGUAGAGCAGGGAGGGCAUGCAUCCGUCUUCCUUGUCAGGAUAGCACCGCUCCCUUGCGUAGUCAAGAACUACGCCUUGUCCCUGCUCACGGACAUUCCGUGGGGCAUCUUUGUGCCAGGGACCCUGCUUGGACUUCUGCCGACCACAGCUGCCCAUGUUUACGCAGGUACUCUUGCACCCACGUCGGCAGAGCUCAUGAGCGGACAAGGAGCCGCGAUGAAGGUCGUGGCAGCGGCAAGCACCAUGGGUGGCGUUGCUUUCCUGGGUUUGUUGGCAGCGUACUGCUUGCAACGGCGAUUAACGGAAAAGCACGAGGACGAGGAAGAGGUUGAAAAGGAGCUGCCCCAGGUAGUUGCGAGGCCUGGGCAGCAGAAGGACGUGGAGACAGUGAAGCUCUUCCGGCCUCAGAAGCCCAUCGAUGCAAUGGUCAAGCCUUUCUCCGUGACGGGCACCCUGAGCCACAGCCUUCAAGUGCUUGACCAUUUGUGGUCCUGCGUGGGUUCCGGCAGCGUGCCUGGACAGGAGCUGUUUCGGUUUUGUGCCUGUCGGCGGACGUUUGUAGGGCUGCUUGAGCGAAUCCACGGUGCGGCGAGUGGAUGCUGA